CAUCCAGUGCCUGUUAAGUCAAUGUGACUGCUUCUCUCAAAGAUCGCUUUUCAUGGUGGGGGGAGUGACAUAAAGUAAACAUUUGACUGUGGCUGAGGAGGGGUUAAAAAAACCCGAAGAAGAAGAAUAUCCGUGGAAAAAUUGUCUUGUUCCCGAUCUGCAAAUGCUCGCGACCUACCCUCCUGCAUCUAGGCUGACGGAUGGAUGGGGCUUUUUAAACGUCACUGCAACCAGAUCCACGGGUGCAGCUUCUGCUUUACCGCAGAGUGAUGCAGUUGUGUAUAAUUCAGCAUGUGGUGCCUGGAAACAGGCUGAGGGGGAAGUAGCUGACCAGAGGAUGCAUGCGAUGUGCAGGAGAGGCUUCUCUGAAGCGGAGGGAAAGAGAGAGAGAGAGAGAGACCCACGGAACCUGGGAAAUUCCGCCAGCUGCAGAGAGGGAGGAGACGUUUCUCAGGGAGGCUUCAAGUUGAUACUGUGAGCAGGAGAAGGAAGGAGGUGCUUGGAGCUGGGUCACUGAGCCUCCUGGCCUCUUAAAGGGAAGCAGUUUGGACAGGGGGAGGCUGCACCCUGGGAGAAGCCCAGCUAGCUCGAGCCCUCCCCUCCUCUCCUCUCCCCACCCCCAGCCCCCCUUUCUUGAGAACAUUGCAUACUGUGCAGAUAGCAACUACUCUGGGGGCUGUACCUGUCUUAAACGGAGCAUGUGGACAGGCAGCAGGCAUUUGGGGCCGUGGCAGCCCAGCAGUGCAAACAGCAGCAGCUUUUGAGGGGCUGCAGGGAGAAACAGAAACCCAGUAAAACUAAGUCCAGGAGCUGAAGGAGGAGCAGAGGCCAACCAUCGCCUGCUUUUUAAGCCUUUUCUUAGUAUUAUUUUUUUAAUGAGGACUACCUGCCAAGGAGGGAAGAAGCAGAUCCGCAGAACCUUCGUUUCCUCUCCUGACCUCUAGUUUACAUCACUAACUGGUGACAGUCACAUCUCCAUACACAGUACCUGCCACUUCAGCUGCUCAGAAUCAUAGAAGCGUCUUUGUAUGCUGCAGACAUGGCUAGCCAGCAGGAUUCAGGCUUCUUUGAAAUCAGUAUCAAAUAUUUACUGAAAUCCUGGAGCAAUACCUCUCCAGUUGGUAACGGUUACAUCAAGCCUCCGGUUCCACCUGUUUCUGGCACACAAAGGGAGAAAGGGCCUCCCACCAUGUUGCCCAUCAAUGUUGACCCAGACAGCAAACCAGGAGAAUAUGUACUCAAGAGUCUAUUUGUCAACUUCACUACUCAGGCUGAGCGUAAGAUUCGGAUCAUCAUGGCAGAACCUCUGGAAAAGCCAUUGACAAAAUCUCUUCAGCGAGGAGAAGACCCUCAAUUUGAUCAAGUAAUAAGCUCAAUGAGCUCCCUUUCAGAAUACUGCCUGCCUUCCAUUCUGCGAACAUUGUUCGACUGGUAUAAAAGACAAAAUGGCAUUGAAGAUGAAUCUCAUGAAUAUAGACCCAGAACAAGCACUAAAUCCAAAAGUGAUGAACAGCAACGAGAUUAUUUAAUGGAAAGAAGAGAUCUGGCCAUUGAUUUUAUUUUUUCUUUAGUGUUAAUAGAAGUUUUGAAGCAGAUCCCGCUUCAUCCUGUAAUAGACAGUUUGAUCCAUGAGGUUAUUAACUUGGCCUUCAAGCACUUUAAAUACAAGGAAGGGUACCUUGGUCCUAACACUGGAAAUAUGCACAUUGUCGCAGACCUCUACGCAGAAGUAAUUGGGGUGUUGGCACAAGCUAAAUUCCCUGCUGUGAAGAAAAAAUUUAUGGCAGAACUAAAGGAGCUUCGGCAUAAAGAGCAGAGCCCAUAUGUGGUUCAGAGCAUUAUCAGUUUAAUAAUGGGGAUGAAAUUCUUUCGCAUUAAAAUGUAUCCAGUGGAGGACUUUGAAGCUUCUCUUCAGUUCAUGCAGGAGUGUGCCCAUUACUUUCUGGAAGUUAAAGACAAAGAUAUCAAGCAUGCGUUGGCAGGUUUAUUUGUUGAAAUUCUCGUCCCUGUAGCAGCUGCUGUUAAAAAUGAAGUGAAUGUCCCCUGUCUUAGAAAUUUUGUUGAAAGCCUUUACGACACAACACUCGAACUUUCUUCAAGGAAGAAGCAUUCCCUGGCUUUGUACCCUCUGGUGACGUGCCUGCUGUGUGUCAGUCAGAAGCAAUUCUUCCUAAACAGAUGGCAUGUUUUUCUUAACAACUGCUUAUCCAAUCUUAAAAAUAAAGACCCUAAGAUGGCCCGAGUUGCACUGGAAUCUCUGUACCGACUACUGUGGGUUUACAUGAUUAGAAUCAAAUGUGAAAGCAAUACAGCUACUCAGAGCCGACUUAUAACCAUCAUCACAACACUUUUCCCCAAAGGAUCCCGUGGUGUGGUACCCAGAGACAUGCCUCUGAACAUCUUUGUGAAAAUCAUCCAGUUCAUUGCCCAGGAACGUUUAGAUUUUGCAAUGAAGGAAAUUAUUUUUGACUUCCUUUGUGUUGGAAAACCAGCAAAAGCUUUCAGUCUCAAUCCAGAGAGAAUGAACAUAGGUUUGAGGGCCUUCUUGGUAAUAGCUGACAGUUUACAACAGAAAGAUGGUGAGCCUCCCAUGCCAGUAACAGGAGCUGUCCUCCCUUCAGGAAACACCUUGAGAGUGAAGAAAACUUACUUGAGUAAGACUCUAACUGAAGAGGAGGCUAAGAUGAUAGGUAUGUCCCUGUAUUAUUCUCAAGUACGAAAAGCUGUAGACAACAUUUUAAGACAUCUUGAUAAAGAAGUGGGAAGAUGUAUGAUGUUGACCAACGUCCAGAUGUUAAACAAAGAGCCUGAAGAUAUGAUCACGGGUGAGAGAAAGCCAAAAAUUGACCUUUUCAGAACCUGUGUUGCUGCAAUUCCUCGACUGCUUCCCGAUGGGAUGUCCAAACUUGAGUUGAUUGACUUGCUGGCCAGGCUGUCUAUCCACAUGGAUGAUGAACUUCGGCACAUUGCCCAGAAUUCACUUCAGGGGUUACUUGUUGACUUCACAGACUGGAGAGAAGAUGUCUUAUUCGGUUUCACUAACUUCCUUCUGCGAGAAGUCAAUGACAUGCAUCACACCCUCCUAGAUACAUCUCUGAAACUGCUGAUCCAAUUGCUUACUCAGUGGAAACUUGUCAUCCAGACUCAAGGCAAAGUGUAUGAACAAGCCAACAAGAUCAGAGGUGCAGAGCUAAUACCGAAUGGAUCCAGUCACCGGAUACCAACAGAACGAAGUCCUUAUUCCAGUGUAUUACAUGCAGUGGAAGGGUUUGCCCUUGUGUUACUCUGCAGUUUCCAGGUGGCCACACGCAAACUAGCUGUUUUGAUACUCAAAGAAAUCCGGGCUUUAUUUGUUGCACUGGGCCAGCCUGAGGAUGAUGACAGACCUAUGAUUGAUGUCAUGGAUCAGCUGAGUUCUUCUGUUCUUGAAAGUUUUAUUCAUGUAGCAGUCUCAGAUUCAGCAACGUUACCACUGACCCACAAUGUGGAUUUGCAGUGGUUGGUAGAAUGGAAUGCGGUCUUGGUAAAUAGCCAUUAUGAUGUCAAGAGCCCAUCCCACGUCUGGAUCUUUGCCCAGUCAGUCAAGGACCCCUGGGUCCUUUGCCUCUUCAGUUUCCUCAGACAGGAGAAUUUACCCAAGCACUGCCCUACAGCACUCAGCUAUGCCUGGCCUUAUGCUUUUACCAGGCUUCAGUUGGUGAUGCCUUUGGUGGAUCCGAAUAGUCCCAUUAAUGCAAAGAAAACUAGCACUGCCAGUAGUGGAGACAACUAUGUUACCUUGUGGAGAAAUUACCUGAUUCUUUGUUUUGGAGUUGCCAAACCCAGUAUUAUGAGCCCUGGACACUUGCGAGCAUCUACACCUGAAAUUAUGGCUACAACUCCAGAUGGCACCGUGAGCUACGAUAACAAGGUUAUAGGAACCCCAUCCGUGGGAGUUCUGUUGAAACAGUUGGUGCCUUUGAUGAGACUUGAAAGCAUUGAAAUCACAGAAUCUCUGGUAUUAGGAUUUGGAAGAACAAAUUCACUUGUUUUCAGAGAAUUGGUAGAAGAGCUCCAUCCAUUAAUGAAAGAAGCAUUAGAGCGAAGACCGGAAAACAAGAAACGUCGAGAAAGGCGGGAUCUGCUAAGGCUGCAGCUGCUGAGAAUUUUUGAGCUUCUUGCAGAUGCAGGUGUGAUAAGUGACAGCACCAACGGGGCCUUAGAGCGGGACACGCUAGCGCUGGGAGCUUUGUUCUUAGAAUAUGUCGACUUGACCCGGAUGCUGCUCGAGGCUGAAAAUGACAAAGAGGUUGAAAUCCUCAAAGACAUCCGAGCCCAUUUCAGUGCGAUGAUAGCCAAUUUAAUUCAGUGUGUUCCAGUUCACCACAGAAGAUUUCUCUUCCCCCAGCAAAGUCUGAGGCACCAUCUCUUCAUCUUGUUUAGCCAGUGGGCAGGACCCUUCAGCAUUAUGUUCACACCUCUGGAUCGUUACAGUGAUAGAAAUCAUCAAAUAACAAGAUACCAGUAUUGUGCAUUAAAGGCUAUGUCAGCAGUCCUGUGCUGUGGCCCUGUUUUUGACAAUGUGGGCCUCUCCCCAGAUGGCUAUCUAUACAAAUGGCUUGACAACAUUCUGGCUUGUCAAGAUUUACGAGUCCAUCAGCUUGGCUGUGAAGUUGUGGUCUUGCUAUUGGAACUAAAUCCUGACCAAAUAAAUCUCUUCAAUUGGGCUAUUGACCGGUGCUACACGGGCUCCUAUCAACUUGCUUCUGGGUGUUUCAAAGCCAUUGCAACUGUUUGUGGAAGCAGGAACUAUCCCUUCGACAUAGUGACUUUACUGAACCUUGUCCUAUUCAAAGCCUCUGACACCAACAGAGAGAUUUAUGAAAUUUCCAUGCAACUCAUGCAGAUUUUAGAAGCAAAACUUUUUGUAUAUUCAAAGAAAGUAGCUGAACAAAGACCUGGCACUAUUCUUUACGGAACGCAUGGCCCAUUACCACCUCUCUACAGUGUAUCACUAGGCCUACUCUCAUAUGAACUGGCCAGGAUGUACCCUGAGCUCACCCUUCCUCUUUUCUCAGAGGUGAGCCAGAGAUUCCCGACAACGCACCCCAAUGGGCGUCAGAUCAUGCUCACCUAUUUACUUCCAUGGCUUCACAACAUUGAACUGGUUGACAGCCGGCUCCUCCUCCCAGGCUCGAGCCCCAGCACUCCUGAAGAUGAAAUCAAGGACAGAGAAGGAGAAGUUACAGUUUCAUUUGGCCUAAAAGGAAAUGGGUGGGGUUCUCCAGAGGCUACCUCACUGGUCCUUAAUAAUCUCAUGUAUAUGACUGCCAAGUAUGGAGAUGAAGUUCCAGGACCAGAAAUGGAAAAUGCUUGGAAUGCCCUAGCCAACAAUGAGAAGUGGAGCAAUAAUCUGAGAAUCACCCUGCAGUUUCUAAUCAGUCUUUGUGGGGUCAGCAGCGAUACCAUCCUCUUGCCUUAUAUUAAGAAGGUAGCAAUAUACCUAUGCCGCAACAACACCAUCCAAACCAUGGAAGAGCUUUUAUUUGAGCUGCAGCAGACAGAGCCAGUGAAUCCCAUCGUCCAACAUUGUGAUAACCCACCCUUCUACCGUUUCACCGCCAGCAGCAAGCCCUCAGCUGCUGCUUCUGGAACCACUUCCAGCAGCAACACCGUAGUAGCUGGCCAGGAUAGUUUCCCAGAUGUGGAGGAAGGCAGGACAGUGAAAGAAACCGAUGAGAGGUUCAGUAAUGUCAUCAGAGCCCACACUCGGCUAGAAUCAAGAUACAGCAAUAGCUCCGGAGGCUCCUACGAUGAGGACAAGAAUGAUCCGAUUUCUCCAUACACUGGAUGGUUAUUAAAUAUAACAGAGACCAAACAACCACAACCAUUGCCAAUGCCCUGCACUGGAGGAUGCUGGGCGCCCCUGGUUGACUACCUCCCAGAAACCAUCACCCCUCGGGGACCACUUCAUAGGUGCAAUAUUGCUGUUAUUUUUAUGACUGAGAUGGUUGUGGAUCACAGUGUGAGAGAAGAUUGGGCCCUUCAUCUACCCUUACUGCUUCAUGCUGUCUUCUUAGGUUUGGACCAUUACCGGCCUGAAGUCUUUGAACACAGUAAAAAGCUGCUUCUCCAUCUGCUGAUCGCUCUUUCUUGCAAUAGUAAUUUUCAUUCUAUUGCAUCAGUACUUCUUCAGACCAGAGAGAUGAGUGAAGCCAAGACACUCACGGUCCAGCCAGCUUAUCUCCCUGAAUACCUCUAUACAGGUGGCUUUGACUUCCUCAGAGAGUACCAGUCCUCCCCCGUGCCAGAUUCUGGCUUAAGUUCCAGCUCUACCUCCUCCAGUAUCAGUCUGGGGGGCAGCAGUGGGAAUCUGCCACAGAUCACCCAGGAGAUAGAAGACAUUGACACAGCCACUGAAAGUGACGAGAAGGCGAACAAGCUCAUUGAGUUCCUGACUACCAGGGCUUUUGGUCCACUUUGGUGUCAUGAAGAUAUCACACCCAAGAAUCAGAAUUCCAAGAGUGCCGAGCAGCUCACUAAUUUCCUACGUCAUGUUGUAUCUGUGUUUAAGGAUUCCAAGUCAGGUUUCCAUCUGGAGCAGCACCUGAGCGAAGUCGCAUUACAAACAGCCCUGGCCAGUUCUUCUCGGCAUUAUGCAGGUCGCUCUUUCCAGAUCUUCAGGGCCCUGAAGCAGCCUUUAUCAGCCCAUGCCCUGUCUGACCUCCUCUCCCGACUGGUAGAAGUUAUUGGAGAACAUGGAGAUGAGAUUCAGGGUUACGUAAUGGAAGCACUCCUUACCUUGGAAGCUACUGUGGAUAAUUUGUCAGACUGCUUGAAGAACAGUGAUCUCUUGACUGUACUAUCUCGCUCAUCAUCCCCGGAUCUAAGCUCAAGCACUAAGCUGACAGCAAACCGAAAGAGCACAGGUCAACUGAAUGUGAACCCCGGAGUUGCCAGUGGCAACACAGCCACCUCAGAACGAAGCCGCCAUCAGAGGAGUUUCUCUGUCCCCAAGAAGUUUGGUGUUGUAGACCGAACUUCAGACCCACCUCGAAGUGCGACUCUGGACCGGAUCCAGGCUUGUACCCAGCAGGGGCUCUCGUCUAAGACCAGGAGUUCAUCUUCUUUAAAAGACAGCCUCACCGACCCAUCCCACAUCAACAAUCCAACCAACCUAUUGGCCACCAUUUUCUGGGUCACUGUGGCCUUAAUGGAAUCUGAUUUUGAGUUUGAAUAUCUAAUGGCUUUAAGGUUACUCAAUAAGUUACUGACUCAUUUGCCCCUAGAUAAAGCUGAAAACAGAGAGAAACUUGAAAAAUUACAGGGACAGCUCAAGUGGGCAGACUUCUCAGGGCUGCAACAGCUGUUGCUCAAAGGAUUCACUUCCCUCACGACCACGGACCUCACCCUGCAUCUCUUCAGUUUGCUAACACCAGUGUCUCGAGUAUCAAUGGUCGACUCGUCUCAGGCUAUUGGAUUUCCAUUGAAUGUCCUUUGUCUCCUGCCUCAGUUGAUUCAGCAUUUUGACAAUCCCAAUCAAUUCUGUAAGGAUAUAGCAGAGAGGAUCGCUCAGGUUUGCCUGGAAGAAAAGAAUCCUAAGCUUUCAAAUCUUGCACAUGUCAUGACUCUUUACAAAACCCAUAGCUAUACAAGAGACUGUGCAACAUGGGUCAAUGUUGUAUGCCGAUACCUUCAUGAAGCAUUUGCUGAUAUUACCCUGAAUAUGGUGACAUAUCUGGCAGAGCUCCUAGAGAAGGGCCUUCCAAGUAUGCAACAAUCCCUCCUACAGAUGAUCUAUAGCCUACUCAGCUAUAUGGACCUAUCAGGAGUUCCUGUAAAGCAAUUUAACAUGGAAGUGUUGAAGACCAUUGAAAAAUAUGUGCAGAGUGUUCACUGGAGAGAAGCCUUGAAUAUCUUGAAAUUGGUUGUUUCUCGAUCUGCCAGCCUCGUCUUGCCUUCAUACCAACACAAUGAUCUUUCCAAAAUAGAAAUUCAUCGAGUAUGGAAUAGUGCUUCCAAGGAAUUGCCAGGAAAAACCCUGGAUUUUCACUUCGAUAUUUCAGAGACUCCAAUCAUUGGGAGGCGUUAUGACGAGCUACAAAGUUCUUCUGGUCGGGAUGGAAAACCUAGGGCCAUGGCAGUCACUCGAAGCACUUCCUCCACUUCAUCAGGCUCCAACUCCAAUGUCCUUGUUCCUGUGAGCUGGAAAAGGCCUCAGUAUUCUCAGAAAAGGACAAAGGAGAAGCUGGUUCAUGUCCUUACUCUGUGUGGCCAAGAAGUGGGGUUAAGCAAAAAUCCUUCAGUGAUUUUUUCCUCGUGUGGAGAACUGGACCUUCUUGAGCACCAGACAAGCCUAGUGUCUUCCGAAGACGGCACCAGAGAACAGGAGAACAUGGACGACACCAACAGCGAGCAACAGUUUAGAGUCUUCAGAGACUUUGACUUCCUCGACGUGGAGUUGGAAGAUGGAGAGGUGCUAGAACUGUGGUCAGCUUUUGCAUCAACACAGACACCCGGAGGGUCUGAAUUCGAGUCUCAACAGGAACUCCAGGGUGAAAGCAUGGACAAUUUCAACUGGGGAGUGCGCAGGCGUUCUCUGGAUAGCCUGGACAAGUGUGAUAUGCAGCUAUUGGAGGAGAGCCAACUUUCAGGAAGUACUCCCAGCCUAAAUAAAAUGAACCAUGAGGAUUCAGAUGAGUCAUCAGAGGAGGAGGACCUCCCAACCAGCCAGAUCCUGGAGCACUCCGAUCUAAUCAUGACCCUUUCCCCCUCUGAGGAGGCAAAUCACAUGGACUCGCUCACCAUAUCAUGUGAUACGACUACUGCUGACCCUCAUGUUUUUAACACCAGAACAUCUAGCUUUGACGUUUCUUUGACUGAUAUGAAUAAUCUACAGGUGUCUGAGGGUUCUAAGGCUGAAGGUGUCAAUGAAGAGGAAGACACCACGGUGCAUGAAGAUGAACUCUCUGGUUCUAUCAAUGAACUCCCAGCAACAUUUGAGUGCAGUGAUAGCUUCAGCCUAGACAUGACUGAAGCUGAAGAAAAAGGGGACCGAGCAUUGGACCAGUUUACUCUGGCAAGCUAUGGAGAUGGAGACAGGGGCAUCUCUCCGCCACCUUCGCCCUUCUUCUCAGCCAUCCUGGCUGCUUUUCAACCAGCUGCAUGUGAUGAUGCAGAAGAAGCCUGGCGCAGUCACAUCAACCAGCUCAUGGGAGACUCCGAUGGUUCCUGCGCCGUGUACACGUUCCAUGUGUUCUCCUCCUUAUUUAAGAAUAUUCAGAAAAGGUUCUGCUUCCUGACUUGUGAUGCGGCCAGUUACCUUGGGGACAACCUUCGGGGAAUUGGCUCCAAAUUUGUUAGUUCUUCCCAAAUGCUGACUUCUUGCUCUGAAUGCCCGACGCUUUUUGUGGAUGCAGAGACCCUCCUAUCCUGUGGACUUCUUGACAAGCUGAAGUUCAGUGUUUUAGAACUGCAAGAAUAUCUGGAUACCUACAACAACAGAAAAGAAGCCACUCUCUCGUGGCUUGCAAAUUGCAAGGCAACAUUUGCUGGAGGAUCAAGAGAUGGUGUAAUUACUUGUCAACCAGGAGACUCAGAAGAAAAGCAAAUGGAAUCUCUUGCACAAUUGGAACUGUGUCAGAGAUUAUAUAAACUACACUUCCAGCUGCUGUUGCUUUUUCAGUCCUACUGUAAACUCAUUGGCCAAGUGCAUGAAGUUAGUUCCAUGCCAGAGCUGUUGAAUAUGUCCAGAGAACUGAGUGACUUAAAGAAAAACCUGAAGGAUGCAACAGCUGCCAUUGCAAUGGAUCCUCUCUAUAUAGAGUCAGCCUGGCCUGAGCCUACAUUCAGUUCUACAGAAGCAGCCAUCCAAUCCAUGCUGGAAUGUCUGAAGAACAAUGAACUUGGCAAAGCAUUACGGCAAAUCAGGGAAUGCAGGAGUUUAUGGCCCAAUGACAUCUUUGGGAGCAGCUCCGAUGACGAGGUCCAGACACUACUGAACAUUUACUUCCGACAUCAAACACUGGGACAGACUGGUACUUAUGCACUAGUGGGAUCCAAUCAGAGCCUCACAGAAAUCUGCACCAAGCUGAUGGAACUCAACAUAGAGAUCCGGGACAUGAUCCGCAGGGCCCAGAGCUACCGAGUCCUCACAACUUUUCUCCCAGACUCCAGUGUUUCAGGCACAAGUCUCUGACAGGAGUCCUCCGUCCUCCAUUGGUUCCAAGUUGGGAGUGCUGCCAUGCUGGAGUGAUGUCAUCCAGUGUCUUUUCGGUCUUCAGAAGACUUGGUCGGGCUGUCCUCCCUCUUGUUACCUGUAGGACUUUUUCUACAGAGAGGUGGGCGGAACUUCCAAUGUGUAGCAAUACUGUCAGAACAAAGGUAGCCUAGAACACGCCGGACAGUCUCAAAUCUCUGUGCCAUGUUGCACAAACAAGUUAGCAUUUCACUGAGCAACCACAACUCACUACUGAAGAGGUGACUUCCAUUGCAUACCAAAGCCGACAACACUGAACAAUACCUUCCUUUCUAGAAACUUGUUUUAGAUUGGCAAAAGUGCAAUGUUCCCUUCACUGGUUUUUUUUUUUUUUUUUGUAUCCUAAAACUUGUAUAUUAUUUCCCUAUGUUUUUCUUCUUUUCCUUUUCUGGGGGGGGGGGGGGAGGGAGUGAAAAGGGGGCAGGCAGAAUGAAGCUGGCCACUGGAAACUGUGAGACGGUUGGUCAAAAGCUGAGCGCCUGUGUAUAUGAAAACAAACUGUAAAUGGACUACAAUUUAACGUACACUGUAAUUUGAAUACGAUUACUGUAUCUAAAAUGAGCUGCUAUGAAGUACAUUUCUUAAAUGUUGCUAGGCUACUGUCUCUGAAGGUACUGGAUUGCUUUGCCAGAGGUCUGUUAUUAGGA